AGACCAUCAGUGACAAUUUGGUUAAAAAAUUAACUCAUGCGACAAUUUGGUAGAAAAAAAAUGUGGAUUGGCCGGUUGGUCCACAUUUUAAUAAUCUCCCGCAUUGUCAGGUGAAAUCUGGUUAUCAAAAUUCUCAAUACAAUCUUCUUCCUUUUUACAACCCAGAAAUUUCCCUGGAAAAUAAUGUACUCUCUAUGAAUCCAACAAGAAAAAAAUUAACAUUCAAAAUAUAAAAUUCAAUCAAUCAAUCACAUUUAAUUAAUCACACCCAAAAAAAAUCAAAACAAAAAAAACUGGUUCAAAGCAAUGAACACUGAUUCUCUCUCCUCUUCUUCCUAUCCUUCUUCUCCUUCUCCUUCUACGUCGUUGUUUGUCACUCCACCAUCUUUGGUUGAACUGGGUACUUCUUCUCCGACGAUUUCUCCUUCUGGGGAUGUUCAAUUUUCCCCAAAAUCGCCGCCGCGAAUUCCACCGCCGAUUUCAGGAAUUUCCACCAUGACUACUCGGGAUCCUGAUGCUGUUUUCAGUGGUGGUGGUAUCAGCUUUUUAACUGGGGAACGCAAUGUAAGGUUCAGCUAUGGAUAUUCUACUUUCAAGGGUAAACGAGGCUCAAUGGAAGAUUAUUUUGAGACAAAGAUAUCUGAAGUUGGUGGUCAAAUGGUUGCAUUUUUUGGUGUUUUUGAUGGUCAUGGAGGUCCCAGAACAGCUGAAUAUCUUAAGAACAACCUUUUUAACAAUUUAUGCAAUCAUCCAGAUUUUAUUAAUGAUACAAAAUCAGCUAUUGUUGAAGCAUUUAAACAGACUGAUGCCAAUUUCCUCAGUGAAGAUAUAGGACAACAAAAGGAUGCAGGAUCAACUGCAUCAACUGUGUUGUUGGUUGGUGACCGCUUGCUAGUUGCCAAUGUGGGCGACUCCAGAGUAGUCUCCUGCAGAGAUGGAUCCGCUAUUCCAUUAUCAAUAGACCACAAGCCUGAUAGAUCUGAUGAGCGUCAAAGAAUUGAAGAUGCCGGAGGCUUUGUAAUUUGGGCAGGCACAUGGAGAGUUGGAGGAGUUCUGGCAAUUUCACGAGCAUUUGGGGACAAAUUACUCAAACAGUUUGUGAUAGCUGAACCUGAAAUUAAGGAACAAGAGAUUGAUGGUGUAGAUUUCAUCAUUAUUGCAAGUGAUGGGUUGUGGAAUGUCAUCACAAAUAAGGAUGCAGUUUCACUUGUGCAAGACAUAAAGGAUGCUGAAGCUGCAUCGAGAAAACUUACAGAGGAGGCUUUUACAAGAGGGAGCUCCGACAACAUUACAUGCCUCGUGAUUAGAUUUGAAAAUGAAGAUUCUCAGUAGCAUUUAGCUCCCCUGUGCAUUUUCUAGGAUCUUUAUACAAGUACUUGGUAAAUUAUGUUGCAGGAUUCAAAGGGAAGCUGACAAACCUGAUGUCUGGAAAAGUUUCUCGUUAGAUGUAAUUUACCAUUCUUUUCAACAUUAGAAUUGUUUCUACUAGUCUGUAAUUGAGUAGGCAGGUCGGGUUCCAUCAUGCUGGGUAUUGUUUCUCUCUUUUUACAUUGUAAAUCUAUUACACCCCUGUAAUAUUGUGUCAUUUAGGGACUUUUUACCGGCCAGCAUCUACUACUUGAGUUUCUGGACUUGGUAAUGAAGGUCUGUAAUAAUAGUUAUCCACCAUAGUUUCUAGUCCAGAAGAUAGGCAAGGAAUUGUUUAAGAGUUGCAUAAGAGCGACAAGACCUAUAAAUUUGUUCUCUCAUUUUUCAUGUUUGAACUCUUGAUGAAAGAAAAAGCCACACCAUGAGAGGAAAACUAUGUAGUAUAGUGUAAUUAUAAUUAUAUGCUUCCAUGUAUAAGUUUUCCAUCAAAAA